UAAAGACCCUGUGGUCCUUAGAGAGUCAGUCAGUGUCCGGGUCAGUCUAAGUGGUGAGGAGUAGGACAGUCCCUGUCGUGCAGAGGAAGAUGAUGUGGACGACCAGCCACUGGAGAGAAGAAGGAGAUGGCUAAGAGGACAGUUCAGUGGGACUAAAGAAGAGGAAAUGGAAAAGAAGAUUUCAGAAUGGGUUGCAAAUUUGUCUCUGGGAGAAGAAGAGGAAGCUUCAAUGUAUAUCCCUAGGGACGAACAGGAGGCGGCCGCACAAGAAUGGGAUGCAGAAGAGGAUCCUUUAAAGCGGCAGGCUAUGGAAGACGAGAAGAGGAUGGAGUGGAAGUUCAGGAUAAUGAGGGAAAAGAAGAAGAGGGUAGAUGCAGCGAGCGAAGCGGUGAAGGAACUAGCUGAAUUGAGGAAGCUGAGGGAACAGUUAGCCGCACAGGUAGACCUCCAGCAGAAGAUGGAGGUCAUGGCACUGAACAUCGAGCGAUUAGCAAGGGCCCGGGAGGACCAAUAUGAGUUCAGUAGGAGUCAAGAUCUGGUUGUGCGCUCUAGGCGACUUGGGUUCCGGGAUUUCGUGCGUGAGUUAGUAACGGCGAUAGGCUCAAAGGUGAAGAUUCGCCUCGAGAACACUGAGCGUUAUUGUACGGGCGCCAUAGAGGGCGCCAAGCUGGCUGCUCCCAAGGAGGAGGAGGCACGUCCCCGUAGAGAGCCCGUCAAAGUCAAGUUUCCUGAUUCCUACAGUGGGAAAAAGGAAGAAAACGUUGACAAUUGGGAGGCCAACGUUAAGACGUGCGUGCAUUUGCAUGACGAGCAUGUUCUCAUCGCUAUCCAUGCGCUCAAGGAUGAAGCCGCCAGCUUCGCACGAUCCCUAGUCCACGCUGCUAAUUGCAAUGAUGAUGUUGUUGCUUAUUCUGCAUUCACCCCCCUCACUGACUUCCUUAAAUUGCUGCGCGAACGAUUUGCAGAUGUCGCCCGCAGUGUUAAGGCCUCUCAUCGUCUACAAACAAUCCAUUCCCAGCAGUGGAAGAGGGCUAAGGCACUCAAAGGUACGAUGGAUGAGUUAGUGGUUGUUCCUGACCACGGGGUCACAGAGACCCAGUUGGUCAACCUCUUCUACCGGGCUAUGCCCGAAGCGUUGCGUGGCCACUUCUUCGAGAAGACCCAGCAACCCACCAUGACCUAUGACGCGUUGAGCAGGGAAGUGGUGGCAUUUGAGGCAAGGUCUAUGUCAGUUUCCACUUUCUGGCAUAAGGACCUAGAUAAGGGAAAAAGGUGGAAGGGCCACACUAUCUCAGGGCAGGUAAAGACCAAGGAUCGUGUGAUCCUUACCUUGGAUGAGGGUAGUGUUGAUGAGGUCCCCUACGAUCAGAUUGAGUGGGGGCUAGAGGACAAUGACAGUAGCGUGAGCCAGGGGAGGACUUACGCUGCUGUCGCGGCUGGAGAGAGGCCGCAAGGAGGAGGAAGAGGCCAGGGCCAAGGGGGCCGGUGUCGGUGCGAAUACCCUGACAAGGGUAUCCGCCGUAGUUUUUGCAAGUAACAGGAAGAUGGCUGACUAAAGUAGAGCAUGAGUGGGCGCGCAGCCUUGAGGCGCGCAUGUGAUUUCUCCGUUUGAUUAAGCUGCUGACUUAGUUGGCCGGCCUGAUUUGGAUUGUUAUUAGGAAUAAAAGUUUUUGUUCUAU